AUGAAGCUUUGGAUUUUCAUUCUAUGCUCAAUUGUGGUUGCAUCCGAUCCUUUCCAGUCACAGCCUUCUUUUUCUUCAGUCAGAGGAUCUUGUCAGAGUCUGUGUUCCUGUGAAGAAAAGGAUGACACCAUGAUUAUCAACUGUGACAAAAGAGACAUCAAGAUGAUAUCAGAAAUAAACGUCCCACCAUCACGGCCUUUCCAUCUUAAUUUGUUAAACAAUGGUCUGAGUAUGUUACAUGUGAAUGAUUUUGCUGGCCUUGUUAAUGCUAUUUCUCUGCAUCUUGGUUUUAACAAUAUAGCAGAUAUUGAGCCUGGGGCUUUCAAUGGUCUCAGCCUUCUUAAGCAACUUCAUAUCAAUCACAAUUCUUUGGAAACACUUAAAGAAGAUACGUUUAAUGGAUUGGAAAAUUUGGAGUUUCUUCAAGCAGACAACAAUUUCAUCACAGUGAUUGAAGCAAGUGCCUUUAGCAAGCUCAACAGGCUUAAAGUGCUUAUUUUGAAUGAUAAUGCCAUUGAGUAUCUUCCUCCAAACAUAUUUCGUUUUGUGCCAUUGACCCAUUUAGAUCUGCGUGGAAACCAGUUGCAGACACUGCCCUAUGUUGGCUUUUUGGAACAUAUUGGAAGAAUACUAGACCUUCAGUUGGAAGACAAUAAAUGGGCCUGUAACUGUGAUUUGUUGCAGCUGAAGAUAUGGCUAGAAAACAUGCCUCCUCAGUCCAUAAUAGGUGAUGUUGUAUGCAAUAGCCCUUCAGUUAUCAAAGGCAGCAUAUUAAGCAGGCUGAAAAAAGAAUCUCUUUGUCCCACCCAUCCUGUUAAUGAACUUGAAGAUCCUUCAGGGUCACUGCCCUUGGUUGUAACCACCUCUAUCAACGAUAAUUAUCUAUCAACUAAGGUGAUUCCUCUCCUGAAAGCUCCUACUAAAGAACCAAGUUUAGUGCUUCAUACUUCCAAGCCUACUACAUUUCCAGGAAUCUCUUGUCCUGUCCCUUGUCACUGCACCAGCCAUAUGCUCUCAGGAGUUCUUAUGCACUGCCAGGAGCGAAAUAUUGAAAGCUUGUCUGAUUUAGGACCCCCUCCUCCAAACCCUAAAAAGCUUAUCCUAGCUGGAAACAUUAUUCAGACGCUAUUGAAAUCAGAUCUUGUGGACUAUGCCAGCCUGGAAAUGCUUCACCUGGGGAACAAUCGCAUUGAGAUCCUCGAGGAAGGUUCCUUUAUGAAUCUGACCAGACUACAGAAACUAUAUCUCAAUGGCAAUCAUCUUACAAAGCUAAGUCAAAAUCUCUUCCUUGGCCUUCAGCACCUUGAGUACUUGUACCUUGAAUAUAAUGCCAUCAAAGAAGUUUUGCCAGGGACAUUUAAUGUAAUGCCAAAACUGAAAGUUCUCUACCUAAAUAACAACCUUCUGCAGGCUUUGCCACCCCAUAUCUUUUCAGGUGUUCCCCUCACCAGACUAAAUCUGAAAACAAACCAAUUUGCUCAUUUGCCUGUGAGCAAUGUCUUGGAUGAACUGGAUAUGCUGGUACAAAUUGAACUUGAAGACAACCCUUGGGACUGUACUUGUGAUUCAGUUGGACUGCAAAAAUGGAUACAAAAAUUGAGUAAGAAUACCAUGAUGGGUGAUAUUUUUUGUAAAUCUCCCGGACACUUAGCAAAGAAAGAAUUGAAAUCCCUAAAGAGUGAAGUCUUGUGUCCAGGUUUAAUAAACAGCCCUCCCCUACCAACCCAUGCCAGUUUUGUAGUUGUGACAACUUCUUCUCCUACUGCCAACACCGCAGACACCAUCCUGCGGUCUCUUACAGAUGCUGUCCCACUUUCUGUUCUAAUAUUAGGACUGCUCAUUGUGUUUAUAACUAUUGUGUUUUGUGCAGCAGGAAUAGUUGUUCUUGUUCUGCACCGGCGCAGGAGAUGCAAAAAGAAGCAAGUGGAUGAACAAGUGAGGGACAGCAGCCCUGUUCACCUUCAGUACAGCAUGUAUGGGCAUAAGACCACACACCACACCACGGAGCGCCCAGCUGCCACUCUCUAUGAGCAACGAAUCGUCACCCCAAUGGUUCAGGUGUACCACAGCCCGUCCUUCAGCCCCAAGCACACCGAGCAGCAGCAGGAGGAGGGAAGUGAGAAUGAAGCUAAUGAUUCCAAAUACCUUCGCCGAAGUCUCCUGGAAAGAGAGAACAGUUCACCACUUACAGGUCCAAAUGUCAAAUACAAGGCUACAGAUCAAUCUGCUGAAUUUCUGUCUUUUCAGGAUGCUAGCUGCUUGUAUAGAAACAUUCUUGAAAAAGAGAGAGAGCUGCAGCAACUAGGGAUCACAGAAUACCUAAGAAAAAAUAUUGUCCAGCUCCAGCCUGACAUGGAAGUUCGUUAUCCUGGAACACAUGAAGAGUUGAAGCUUAUGGAGACACUCAUGUACUCCAGGCCAAGAAAGGUUUUUCUAGAACAAACUAAAAAUGAGUAUUUUGAGCUCAAGGCUAAUUUACAUGCUGAGCCUGACUAUUUGGAGGUCCUGGAGCAGCAAACGUGA